AAGCAGAAGAAGAAGGGCAGCACAAAAGUCAUGCGCACACUGGUUGACACUAAGGUUGCAGUGGUUUAGUUUUGUUUCUUAUGCACCUUUUUUUAUAUUUAUUCGGUGCUUGUUUAAUUAUUGCUUUUUACUAGUUUCACCAUCAAAAUAAUGAUGACUUAUACUCACGUUUUGAAAGUCGUGUACAGAAACCUGAGACAAACUCAGCUCUGCUUCUCUCUGCACGCGCUGAGGACAGCGUCCACAGCACCAGAAUGGCUCGGUCUCAGGAAAAAUGUUCCUUCUUUGAGCUGCUUCACUUCAGCUCAGAGACACCAGGUUCUGUCUAUCCACUGUUCAGCCAGGAACAGAAGCGAGGACAGAGGAAAGUCGGUGUCCCGGUACCAGAGCGGGACUCCCAAACCUUCAGCUGCUCAGAAAGUGAAAGAAGCUGGGAGAGAUUUCACCUACUUGAUUGUAGUUCUCGUCGGUCUGGGCGUGACAGGUGGGCUGCUAUAUGUGGUGUUUCAGGAGCUGUUUUCCUCCUCAAGCCCAAACAAAGUCUACAGCAGAGCGUUUAACAUAGUCCGAUCCCAACCAGAGGUGAUCGGCGCAUUUGGAGAGCCAAUUAAGUGCUACGGCGAGACGACCCGGAGAGGAAGGAGGCAGCAAGUCAGUCACGUGGAGUACAUGAAGGAUGGACUAAAACAUAUGAGACUUAAGUUUUACAUUGAAGGUUCAGAGCCGGGCCUGAAAGGAACCGUGCAUACAGAGUCAAAGGAGAACCCUGAAACUGGAAAAUAUGAAUUUCGUUAUAUAUUUGUGGACAUAGACUCCUACCCUAGGAGGACCAUUAUUGUGGAAGACAACAGAUGAGAUAUUUAUGAUUCUACAGCUUGAAAUUGGGAAAUAGUGCUUUCUUGAAUUUGUAUGUCAGUAAAUGAAAACCUUACUCUUUAUAUGUCGCAACACUUGAUUGAUGGUUGAUUUAAAGGAAAUUUUGUCUAACAGUCUAAGUCCUAUGUUUUACAAAUAUAAUUUUUUUUGUUUAGAUUAUUUUUGAGUUUUAAGUUUAAUAAAAUCAUCUUCAUCA